AUGUCUACUUCUUCACCUCUCCGCCGUCUCCUCGCCGGAAACAACACUGCACCCACCAAAAUUAUAGAUAUCACAACAACAAAAGCCACCAUUACUUCUUCAAGACCCAACUGUCGCACACCCCAAGCAAUUGUAGAUUAUUUUAAAAGAUCAUCGGAAUGCCCCAAAUUUCGACGCCAACGCUUCCAUUAUGAAAUUACCGUUCGCCAACUUGCCGACGCCAACCAUUUCUCCGGCAUUGAAGAUAUUAUCGAGCAUCAAAAACACUGCCCAGAUAUUCGUAAUGAGUACUUUGUCGCCCGUCUUAUUCUUCUUUAUGGCAAAGCCAAAAUGUAUGAUAAUGCCCGUAAGCUGUUCGACGAAAUGCCUCAAUUAAAAUGUCCGCGCACUGUCUUUUCCUUCAAUGCCCUUUUGGAGGCAUGUCUUAAGUCAGAGAGAUAUGAUAAAAUUGGCGGGUUAUUUCGCGAAUUGCCCCAGAAAUUGUCAAUUGAGCCUGAUCUAGUGUCCUAUAACACUGCCAUUAAGGCAUUAUGUAAGGCUGGUUCAUUGGAUUCUGCCGUGUAUUUUAUGGAUGAGAUGGAAAAGCAUGAGAUCAAGCCGAAUAUUGUGACUUGUAAUACGUUAUUAAACGCAUUUCAUAAAAGUAAAAGGUUUUCUGAAGCUGAAAAUUUGUGGGCUGUGAUGGAAAAGAGACAUAUAGUCCCUGACCUUUAUAGUUAUAAUAUUAAAUUAAAUGGUUUGGUUAAAGCUAAUGAGGUUUCAGAAGCGAUUCAGUUCUUCGAGGAGAUUGUUAACAAGGGUUUCAAACCGGACACAUUCAGUUACAAUGCCAUGAUAAAAAUGUGUGUUGCUGAGAGGAAUCUAGAGGAGGCUAAAAUGUGGUAUGAGAAGAUGAUGCAAAAUGGAUGCCUUCCGGAUUAUGCAACAUUUACGAUGCUUAUUACUUUGGCUUGUGAUGCCAAUAAUUUUGAUGUUGCACAGCACUUGUGCAAGAAAGCAAUCAAAUCAUUCAAAGCUAUUUAUAAUUGUUUAAUGCAGAGGGUUGUCGAUGGCUUGGUUGAGCAUUCUAAGAUUGAAAAUACAAAAGAGCUGGUUAAGUUGGCCAAGUCUUGUAAGAGCUUCCAGUAUGAGCUUUCCUUGCCUUUGCAUAACUAG